ACUGCAAAGCAAGACAGUCUGUGAGUGAUUUGAAGCGAGCAACCAAUGGGACUCUUGCUCCCAAGUUGGAGCUGCACCUGAAAGGGAACGAGUAAGCAAGGAUUUUCACAUGCUUGGUAUCCUUGCUCCAGCCGCAACAGCACCGACAGAGCCAAACGUGGGAAAAAAGAGAAAAAAGAAAAGAGAAGAAACUUAUCUCGCCCACUCGAGAAACUUUACUGGCGUUCUUGCAGCACAGUGGCGAAGCAGCGAUUCCCUUAAAGACAACGACAAAAUCCGUCUUUGGAGGGCGACAUUGUCAGGCAUGAUAGAAGCAUGGAAUCAUCAUCCUCUCUGACUGCAACAUCCCUCAGUGGAAAGCUAAGAGAUAUCGUCCAGUGCGAGACGGCACCGAGGUCGCCUAGGCACAGAGCAAUAGAUGCAUGGGGGGCUAUGUUAGCGGCAGAGCUCUGGUGGAUUCAGGUUGCACGCCCACGACAUCUUGCAUCACUUCCAAAGCUGUUCAAGGCUACAAGUUGCCCUCGAUUGACACUAACCCCCACAGCGUCAGAGGACCGCCCAGCGUUCGACCGAAGGGUGGUUUUUGCGCUUUGCACAAAUGAGAGUUCUGCUCUCGGAAAAUGCUCGACGAUCUCUGCAGCGCUGCCACUUUUGGUUCCGCUCGGCACAAAAUGGGCCUCCCUGCCUAACAAGUCAUUUGGCCAGACCAGCGGAGAUGUCCCUGCCCAUUCCCUGAAAAUUGUGCAGCGAUGGGUGUGGGAAGAUGGGCUGCUUGGCCAACCGCCAUGAGGAAUGCGGAGGACUCGGUAGCAUCUGAGCGCUGGCCCGCCUGCUCCCUUGGUCCCAAACUUCCGAUGGAGGGGCUGGAGACGCUGUAUGAUGUCAAUUCCCGACAAUUACCCACUGGCAACUCGUGAGAGGUGAAGAAUUAUGCACGUCUGCAGCACUGGCAAGCUGAGGUCUGCAUUGGAGAUCCGAAGACUGCUCAUCAUCUGACCAGUUAUUUGUUGAUCAAAAGCCUAACCUCUCUCUCGUUUGAUUACCAGAGGUCGAAUGCAAAGACAAUUUUGCUUCUCAAUGCCAUAGGAGGAGGGGCAGAAAAGCGGUGUGCGCAAAUGAGCGCGUUAUGAACGCGUGGGGAGGGAGAUUGGAUGGUUACUGUGGGUACAUGAGCCGGAUCUGACGUGGUGAAGCAACCCUGCGUGAUGCUGGCCAAGAUAUUCCCAUAUACGAGGUACAGUACGAGGUACUCGGUACAUCUAGG